GAGGAGUCAGACAAUCAUACAUUGCUCAAGACGGCAAACAAUCUCCCGCUGAUCUCUUAAAGGAUGGAGCCCUCUCCCUCCUCCUGUCCAUCCUUAAUAUCUGCUCUGUUACCCAGGGGAAGACCACAAAACCCAACUCUACAAAUAGCUCUUUAGACAGGGCUGCAUCUCAAAGUACGUCAUGGGCUCUUCAUAUUUUCCUUAAUUCGCUAUUUAAUUCAUUAAUGAUGUGGGGAUCUCAGGAGCUCUUGGGAAAUCAUGGGGAGACAAGGCUCCCCAAGAGCUGCCCUAGAUGGUGUCCCCCUGAGCCUGUAAAUGAGCAAAGUGUGUGGGGUCCUGACUCUGGUCUCGCAUGGCUUGCUAGAAUCCUCCCCCUUGCCUGGGGCUUGGCUGGAUAUAGUGGAGAACUAUAGCCAAGUUCGAUGGGGAAUCUGGAAAGGUCACCUCUGGACCAUGGAACAAGCAGGAGGAAAGCUGCUCUGAGACAUCCUCUCCAGGGCCGGCUCGGCCUUCUCGGGAAAGGCAGACAGGGCCCCUGGCCUUUCCAGCCCUGGUGAGCCUUGGCUGUUGGAAGGGAUUCGGGCAUCAGAAUGGCUGCUGAUGGGAAAGGAGCUGAUUUGUGCUUUUGGCAUCUCCCCAGUCUUCGGAUCCCCAGCCUCUCAGUGCUUCUCCCCCAGGGCUGACAGGCGGCCGAGGGGCUUAGCAGUGCAUGGUCUGGCCAGCCAGCCCUCCAGCCCUGAGGAGCCCACCAUGCCCAACCUACCUGGAGAUGAAGAGCAGCCAAGAGAGCCACAGCCCGCCCUGAGCCCUGCUGUCCAAGGCCCGCCUGUUGAAGAGACCGUGUGCCGAGCACCAUCUAUUGUCCUGCCUGGGGAUGGGGAUACUGCCACGCCAGAUGUAGAGUAUGAUAAAAAUCUGGUGAGCAGACCUCGCAGCCCUCGUCAUCGGCUUUCUAACCGACACAUGAAGACUUCCCUCACGUCCCUGACAUCUGUGGACAAUGCAGGCCAUAUCAUCCAUCUGGUGAACGACCAGCUGCCAGACAUCAAAAUCUCUGAGGAAGAUAAGAAGAAAAACCUCGAGCUCCUUGAAGAAGCCAAGAGAGUGAGUGAGCGUUUCCUGACCAGGAGAGGCAGAAAAUCCCGGAGCAGCCUGCCUGAUUCUCCUUCAGCCAUUUCACCAAACCUCAGUCCUGGGGCUUCUCCUGCGGCGUCCGGAAGCAGCUCCCUCAGCAGCCCACCCUCACCACCAGGCUCCGAGGUUUGUGCUGCCCCACUCCCAGGAUCUCCACUACAGAAGGGAGAUGAGCCCUCAUUUCACCUUGACCUACCUAAUGUCACCAAGGGGCUAACAGACCGAAAGCAGAAUGACCAAAGGAAGGUGUCUCAGGGACGACUGGCUCCACGUUCCCCCACUGUUGAGAAAUCCAAAGAGACGUUAUCUGAACAAAAAGAAAAUUUUGAUCCCCUUAAACACAUAGAGAACAGUACACCCAAAGUCCUGGCUUCUGGCGGAGGAGGAGGGAAAAUGUCCCUGAACAGCCCGGCAGGUGCUGGGGAAAAAGACCCAGGGAAGCAGCUUCUUAAGAAACCCAAGGAGAGUGACCCGCCCCCAAAAAGUCACCCCCAAGGCCCAGGGCCAGCUGCCCAAGGGCCCCAGGGAAAAGGCCCAGCCUGGGAGCCAUCAAACUCCAAGACCCCCUCAAAAGCUGACCUCAAGCCUUCUGGAUUCCGACCUCCUCUUCAGCGGGGGGUGUCCUGGGACAGUAACCCCUUGGAGCAGGGGCCAAAGGACAAGGUCCUCACCAAACUGGCAGGUGCAGAAGAAGAGAAACGCUUUCCCAGCAAAGGUGGCAACAAGCUCCCCAAAUCAUCAGGAUUCAAAGAUUUUCAGAUCCAGGUUCAACCUGUACGAAUGCAGAAACUGACCAAGCUCAGAGAGGAGCACAUCCUAAUGAGGAGCCAGAACUUGGUGGGCCUGAAACUUCCAGAUCUUAGCGAAGCUGUGGAGCAAGAGAGAGGACACCCCUCUGAGCUUUCCCCUGGCAUUGAAGAGGAAGAGUCCAAGAGUGGCUGCGAUGUCAUGCCCAACAUCUCUGAUGUGCUGCUCCAUAAACUACGAGUUCAUAAGGCCCUUCCUGGCAGUGCUCCUCCGCUUACUGAAAAGGAAGUUGAGAAUGUGUUUGUCCAACUGUCCUUGGCCUUUCGAAAUGACAGCUACACCCUGGAGUCGAGAAUUAGCCAAGCCGAGAGGGAAAGGAACCUGACGGAAGAGAACACCGAGCAAGAACUAAAUAACUUCAAAGCGUCAAUCACAUCUUCAGCAUCUAUCUGGCAGCCCUGUGAGCACCGAGAGACCUAUGAGAAACUGUUGGAAGACAUUGCCGUUCUCCAUCGCUUGGCCGCUCGCCUCUCCAGCCGUGCCGAAAUGGUUGGGGCAGUCCGCCAGGAAAAGCGGAUGUCCAAGGCCGCGGAGGUUAUGAUGCAGUAUGUAGAGAAUCUGAAGAGAACAUAUGAGAAGGACCAUGCAGAGCUCAUGGAAUUUAAGAAACUAGCAAACCAGAAUUCAAGUCGAAGCUACGGCCCCUCUGAGGAUGGAGUCCCCCGCGCCACCAGGUCCAUGUCUCUCACUCUGGGAAAGAACAUGCCCCGUCGGAGAGUCAGCGUGGCCGUAGUCCCCAAAUUUAAUGCUUUGAACAUUCCUGGCCAGCCUUCCAGCACAUCACCCAUCCCAUCCUUACCAGCCCUGGCUGAAACACCAAAUGGGAAAGGAAACUCCUCAGCUUCCCUGGCUCCACCAGGACUUUUAGAGAAUGGGAAGUCCAAUGGGGAUCCAGACUGUGAGAGCCCUGCCCCCAGUGCUUCACCUGCCCUGACCCAGAGUGCUUUGGAAGAGAUUAGCCAAGAGAUCAAAGCCAAAAUCGAGGAGGAGGCCUAUAACAAAGGGUAUCAAGAAGGCCUAAAGAAAACCAAAGAGCUUCAGGAACUGAAGGAAGAAGAAGAAGAGAAGACAAAUGAAAGCCUGGAAGGGCUAGAAAAGGAGGAUGAGGAAAAGGAGCUAAAAAGCAGCAAACUUGAAGCCUUGAUUCAUUUUUUACAAAUACUCUACCCCAAGCUAUGCCAGCAUUGGAACGUGAUCUGGAUGGUGGCAGCCGCCAUUCUUGUUUUCACAGUUGUCUUGGGUCUGUACAACUCCUAUCACUCUUGUACCGAACUGUCGGAGGGGACGCCUGGAAAAGCCACCUGUUCUGCCUCCCAAUGGGACUCCUGGUGGAACUCAGGCCUACAACAGGAGCAGCCCGCGGAGCAAUAAAGGAUGGCGGGACAUCCGGCUGGUGGGUGACCCUGCCCAGCGUGUCACCGGUUUCCAGUUGUUAAGCGCAGUUAGGGACACUGGUGCGUUGAUGAUCUGACAUUCCUGCUCCACUGGUCUGGGAGUGAGACGGGAUGCUUUUCACUCACCAUCACUGAUGGAAUAUGAAGUCCCAAUGAAACUGGCCAGAGGAGAGGGCAAGGAGGAGAGAGAUUUCACUUUCUCCGUGGAAUUCUGCCUUUGAGAAGAGCCCCUUCACUCAAGCAUCUAGGGGAGAAGCACCAGAAUGCCUUUACUGAAGAUCAGAUAUGGCACCGACUCUUCAACCUAUUUUCUAGGCUCUCAGUGGCUACCCAGGGAGAUUUUAGCCCAGUAGCUUCAAUGCUGAUGUCAAAGCUGGAGAGAGCAGGAAGAGCAUUGGCCUGGGGGUCUGGAAAUGUGGAUUCUCAUCCCAGCUCUGCCACUAAUUAGUCGCUUGACCUUGGGCACCUAACUUUCCUUGAGUCUGACUUUCAUUCUCUAUAAAGUGAGAAGGUUGGUUUUGAAGGUCCCUCCCAGUUCUGAUACCCUUUGCUUGCUUCAGCUUCUGGCCAUGGCACUACUCUGUACACUUCCCUCCCCCUCUGGCUCACCCUUUUUUCCUUCUUCCUAAAGUUGUUUUUCACAAGAGUGGGAGUGGUUUCUCCCAGAAGUUAAUCCAUAUUGUAUUUAUCUCGAAAUUUAAAAAGAAAAAGGAAAACAGAUAAAAAUGUUCCUGCACACACACACACACACACACACACAAUGGUAGAUCCACCUUUUGGAGGGAGUCCCCACUAACUCUAUCAUGAAGAUCAGUCUCGUAUAAAUAAGUUACCAAGUGUGCUGCAGUAACCAGUAACCCAUUUACUCUGUGAUGUAAACUGGUUCUAUUUUUUUCAAAGUAUUGAAAGCCCACUGAUUUGCUGAGAAUUUUCCAUCACUGGACACCCCUUAAAUGUCACCCCUUUUAUUGGUGAUUUUUAUUGUACCUUUGAAAAUAACCAACUCACCUCCUUCAGAAGAGUUUCCAGCAAGGAAUGAGCCCCAGGCAGAUCCUUGGCUUGAAGAAAGUAUCUUCAGCCUGACACACCUAACAUGCCCCAUCCCAUGCGCUCUCUUGGGGCAUCACCCCCACUGCAGCCCCCGGGAGAAAACAAUCCUGAAAUCUAUCAGCAGUGAGCCUACAGGAAUGGAAGAGACACUCUCAUUCCUCCCACUUGGGCCUGCCAACCUGGGGAGAUGCUUCCAAAUCUGACUGAAGGCAGAGAUAGAACAAUAACCUAUCUGUUCCUUCAAGCUUUUGCUCCUUUUUCCCUGACUUCAAUAAUUCCCAAGAUUCCAACUCAAUCUUCCUUGACUUCAGUUAUCUUGGGCAAAGAACAUCCGUGAGAAAAGAAAUCCCUCCUUCGGGAGUCUCCUUUUGCUUCCUGUGAUAUUUCUCCAUUUCUUUACAUGUGAGAGGAGGCUGAAGACUCCCGAAAUUGGUGUUUUUCCAAGGCGGAGAAGAGUUUGGUUUGAUAGCUUAGCUCUAACAGGACCCACCUGUGCCAAACUCCAUUUGUGCCCCACUCCACUCCACUUCCAACUGCUUUCCAUGGGCCAUCCUGAAUAAUGGCUGGAAACCAGCUGAAAGAUGAAGCCAAAGGCUGAUGGACCAAGGAUGUACCAAAAGGUCAAAGAGGAAGCAGGAUAGUACAAAAGAACGGGACUAUAAGCCGGAGCCUCCAGGGCUGGAUCCGUGUGUCUGUGCAUAUUAGAGUGAAUUUCCACAUGGGUUCCCAGCCCUGAGCUCAGACAUGACAAGGUAGAUCUGGGUUGUCUCGGUGUCCCCUUUGGGCCCGGAGGCCUCUGUUGUGGAGCCCUGGAAAGCAGGAAGCCAGAGAAGAAACUGAAAAAUCCCUGGAUGCAGGCAGCGGCCACACACUUGGGGCCAUGUUCCAGUGAGGGAGGGCACACCCAACAGGUAUUCCCAGCCCCAUCUUUCAGUCAAAGCCAAGACCUCACAAAAGAAAGGGGAAACAGAGAAGGAUUCACCUGGUCCGAAGCCAGGACUCUCACUGGAGAAAGAGAGAGAGAAGGAUAAGGAGUAACGUAUUUUUAAAAAGACUUGAGGGACAUAAUAAAGGAACAGGGAAAAGCCAUGAGCAAUGACCCCUGGUUGAGGGUUUUCUGAAGUGUCAGUCUCCAUCCUGAAGACGGCACAUACAUAGGCAAGGAGCUGGUGGAAACACACCUGAGUACAAGAUGGAAGUUACUACUAAUAAUCAUCAUAGUUGACAUUUCUUUAGCAUCUUAAGGUUGGCAAAGCACUUCACUAGAACUAUUUUAAUUGAUCCUCAGAACAAACCCUAAAGGUAUUGUUAUUUCCACUUUCAAGGUGAGGAGACUGAGGCGAGAACAGGUUCAGUAACAAAUUUAUUGAAAAAGCAUCUUUUGAUAUUGGAGUUCACUUCAACCUCCCUCCAAAGGAAAUGACUUCUGGUCCAUGAGAGUAUGACAGAUGGGCAUGAGUCCCUGGCUGCCUUUUGCUCCUCCUGUAGCCACAAACUGGACAACAAAUGGGUGUCCUUAUGCUUGAAGGGAGCACAUAUAUGUCUGCUGUGCUGCACCUCAUGCCUGAGUGGGAAAGACUGGUGGAGGGCACUGGUCCGGUGCACCAUGCUAUUGAAGUCCCGAGCAUCGUUAAAUCCACACAGGUGUGCCAGCCUUUUACUGAAUAGUGUCACAUACUUGAGUUUGAAAAUAAAAGUAGUUUCCAAAGCUC